CCAAGCCCAUUGUUUCUCUAUUUAUACUCCACUUGGAGCCUCUUGUAACCCUAUUUCCUAACUCUCAGUGGCAAUACACAAUUACUAUUCAUCAUCUUCUUCCUCACACCUCACACCAUAGCUCAACUCUCCAUUGAGAGUUUGAGUAUAAUUAAGCGAAAAAACCUUCCAAAAACAUCCAAAAUUCAUCCAAAAUACAAAAAAAAAAAAAAAACAGCCAAGAAACUGUUCUAAGAAGGGAAAAGAAUCAGAUCUGGAAUUCCCAUCUGUAAAAAUGGCGGAAUCCAGACCAGCUUCUAGAGAAGAAGGGGAUGACCGUUGAGAGCUCCUGGGUCCACUGCUCCAAGACCGGUCGUGACGCGAGGGACAGAAAUCUCCGGCGAUCCAUCUGCUACCUGCGCAGCGAGCGACCCCAAGCACGAGUUCUGCCAACUCCAGUACAGCGCUGCUCGCGCAGCUCCUUGUCACUCUGCCACCGGUCCAGUCUCCAUCGCAGCUCAAGAAAGUCAAAACCUCGACUGUCCGCCAUGAAUGGCUGCCUACAGAUCUUUGCUCCCAUGGAAGGUGAAGCCUGGAGCGCACAUACCAACAACGGACGAGCAUGAGUUAGCCAAGGCGUGAGGUUUUUUUCAACUAGCAAGGACGGUUCCCGACCAACGCAUCAACUGGCGGAGACCCACGCAGGCAGAUCCAGGGCGCCGGAAGCGUUGACUCGCCCAAGGGAACACUUCUGCGGACUCCAACCUUGUUUCAAGGAGUCUUCUGAAGGAGACGUGGCCCCUGGCCAUACCUCACAUCCUAGAGUAUUAUUCUGGCAGACCAAUUCGCCCAAAUACAAAUUAUGACCGGGCAAUCCAGCGAAUAAGAGCUAAGUACCUUAAAAGCCCAAUACUCCUAAUUUUUGCAUACAACAUUAGAUAGUAGUAUGAUCAUUAAUAUUACAGUAUUAUUUAUUGAUCUUCACAGUUUCACUUUUCAACAUUUAAGAAAGUGAAAUAAUUUGUGUUAACUUUCCAUUUAUACCCCCAAAAGAAAGUUACCCCAUCUUCACAGUAAAAGAAAAAGGGCUCGUUUUCUUUCCCCCGCCGCGGUCGAUAUAUUCCCCGCCGCUGCCUCCUUCGUCUUCCCCACCGCCUCUGUCGCUCUCUUCCCCAUCAUCUAUCCAAUGCCGGUCCCGAGUUCACUUCUUCUCCAUCUUUUGAAUCCCUGCCUUCUAAACCGUCGAAUGUAUCAGAAACAAGGUUGAAUACUUGAAUCUGUAUUUCUUACGCAAACGCCAGUUCGGAUUUGUUUCAGAUGAGCUUUGAGAACCAAAUUGAACUAUGAAUAGUCAGUAGGGAUCUGACUCGUGGUAUCUAUUUGCAUACCAUUGAAGUAGCGGUGCAUUCUCAGCUUCUGGAUUUACACAUGACUCAAUCUCGGAUUUUGAGGGUCCAAUCUCUGCAGCGUAUGUGGGUCCAAUCUCGGAUUUUGAGGGUCAUUGAGCGCUGCCCAUGGUUUUCGUCUGCAAGAACUUACCCUAUUUAGGCAAGCCUCGCAGAAACUAGAUUUUAGCAUCUCCGCCAUCAAUGGCCGGUGGGAAGGAAACAUAACCUCAAAACGGCAAUGGUUCCUCCACCGCUCCAUUCGCAGAGCCGCCAAACGCCGUCUGCAGCUGUUCUUUCUCCUCACCGGUCUCCGGUCGCAUCUCUCACCGCCGCCUCCGGCGCGAGUGUCCCCGCUGAGAAUCCCUUUUAUCUGACAGCGAUAUCCGAGCAUACACCAGGUGAAGGAUACGGCCGUGGCUCCAUCCGCCCCUCUCUCCAGUCAUCGCAGCAACUCCGAAUGGCGCAUGGGCCUUUCUGGCGGUUCUCAACGGCGGAAACAGCCGGAUGCGUGCCAUCACCGCGGAUUCCAUGGUCUGAGCGGCUGGAGUGUCUUCAAAGCCGUGCUUGCUCUUCUAAACAGCAACUGAAUGCUUUCCCUUGAUUUUGACCAAGUCAAAAUUAGUGGGUGAGGUCAAAGCAAGUCUCAUCAACAUAAAUAAACGGUCCAAUUGAAAGCUAAUUAGCUAAAAACUCCUUUCAUUUAUUAAUUUUCGGCAACAAAUUUGAUAAAAAGACUUACAAAAAAUCAUAAAUGAAAUAUUUUAACAAGCUGUAGAGGAUCACAACAACCCUGCUUCAAGCAAGUUUCUUCUUCUCUAAGUGGUUAUAAUUUGGAAAGACCAUGGAAUCGAUGACAUGGUUUUGGAUCAAAUUUGCUCUUUGUUAUAACUUUUUUGUAAGGUUGGACUUGCUUAUUUCUUUAUUUUAUUCAUAAAAUAUGUUUAAAUAUAAUUUUUAGCCAAUUUCGUUAAUUCCCGCAUAUUUCAACCAAUUUCGGUGUUACCAAAUAAACUCUUAAUAUAUAAGAAGUGUAACAUAUAAUGGAUGCAAGUAUGUAACAAAGUUCCAAAUAUACUGCAAGUAAAAUAGAACACAAUAUAACACAAUAAAGGGGUUUACUCGUAUGCAUGCUCGAUCUCUUGUUUUCUUGAGGAAAUUGGCUUGUAAUCUUUGAACCACUUGCACAUAUACUGUCAUUUUCAUGAUUGAAAAAUACACUCAUUAAUUAUAAUAAAUACUGUCAUGUUAAAUGGACUAUACUGCAACUACUUGGUAGUCACACCUACAAAAUGGCCGUAAAUGCUGUCAUGUUAGUCCUAUUUCGGAAAUAAAAACAUAGUAGUCAUAUUUUGAAAUUCCUAACUGCAUUUACUCCUAUUUUGUGAAAUCUCUCAUUUUAGAUUUAUUAGAUUACCUUUGUAAUUGCUGUAACUAACCAUCUUAUUAAAAAAAUUGAAAAUUGUUAUUUUGCAUAAGUUAAAGUUAUGCUUUCAACUUUUAGUUUUAAAGUGCUUAACUUAAGCUGAUGUUAUCACUUGAAAACACCAAUUUUAAUUUUUUAAGCUAGAAAUUAAUUGUUUAUUGUUUUUUUCAAGUUCGUGCAAACACUCCCAUAGUAAAAACGAUUUAAUGUGUAUGAGAAUACAUUCAUAAUAUAUAUUUUGAUUUCUAAACAAAAACCAAUUAUCAGGUUUUUAAAUAUACAUUAUUGGUUUUGGUUAUUGUUAAAUAAUGCAAGCUAUUGUCAAAGGUGUACAUGUUUAAUCUGUCAAAGAUUUACCUAUUGAAUCAUUCUCUCACACAUGUUGUCUUAUUAUAUUAUUAGAAUUAUAAUUCUUUCAAACAUCAUAAGUAAUGUAUAAUUUAUGUUCAUUAAUUUAAUUUUGUGUCAUUUUUUAUUAGUUUCGGUCCCGUGCAACACACGUGUGUAAGACUAGUUCACAUAUAUGGGGAAAAAAGUUUAACCUCAAAAAUUCAAUUUCUCUCCUUUCUUGGAUAGUCUGCCUUCAUGGGAUGAUACGUUUUUAGGAAUAUGGAUUUGCUUCUCUUAUUUCUUUGUCUCAACACCAAGCCGUAUCCUUUAUGACCCAUUCUUCUUCCCAAGAAUUCUGGACAAUCCAAUAUGGCACACCAGUUGAUGAUACUCCGUAGCCAAUUAUUAGGACCACAUGAUAUAAAAAUAACUUUUGAGAUUCCAAUUCCUGUUUGGUUGGUCCGUUGUAGAUUCCCUAUUUAUAUUACAUCAUAUAUUAUGCUUUUAAAAUACUAUUUUGAGCAUGUGAUAUAUAUGAGUUGUUUGUUGGUUUUGUCUGUUAAAACUCGAGAUAUUCAAUAGAGUUCCAACAAUAGGCUGCUUAAUUAGAACGCGUUGCGACUCUACAUCAUCAACGUAUGAACAAAUAAACAUCUCAUCAAUUUGAUAAAUUAUGUUUGAAUACAAUAGUAGUAAUUAGGUACUUAUAUUUGAAUGAUACCACUUUGAUUUACUACCAAUAAAAGAGCAAAUGGUUUCUUCAAAAAGUUCAUCGUCACGCAUGUGGUCAAUCACAUCAUUAAACUCCACCACUACCCGUAUGACAUAUGUAACAUGAUUUAUAAUAUGUUGAAUUGAAAGUUGAGUUUGAUACUCCGGUUGUUUCCCAAUAUUGAACAAUGCUUCAACCGCUCUAGUCAUUGAAAUUGCCCAACAUAUAGCUACAAAGUGAUAACUCACAAAUUUAUAUAUAAUGAUAAUAAAAAUAUUAUCGCCAUAUAUCAAAGAGGUUGAUUUUUGUAAGUCAUCAUACAUCACAAUCGUAUACUCCCUCCGUCCCUAAUAACUUUGCCAAGUUUGACCGGCACGGGAAUUAAUAAAGUAAAAACUGUGUGGUUGAGGUUUGUGCAGAGGAGAGAGAAUUAAUUGGAACCACAAAUUCUUUACUUAAAUGGGAAAGUGACAAAGUUAAUGGGACAUCCAAAAAGGAAAGUUGGCAAAGUUAUAAGGGACGGAGGGAGUAUUUAUAUAAUGUAAACUCCAAUAUUUUAGGUUGCCCAAUUUAAACUCUGGUAUUCUAUAAUAUAGCAAUAUUGGAGGUUGGCAAUAUUGGAGGAUACGUUAUAUAUAUAUAUAACGAUUGUGGUGCAUGACGACUGAUAACAAUCAAUGCCUUUGAUAUAUGUUAAUGAUAUUUUCAUUAUCAUUAUAUAUAAAUUUCUGAGUUGUGAUUUUGUAGCUAGACGUUGGGCUAUUUCAAUGACAAGAGCGGUUGAAGAAUUGCUCAACAUUGGGAAACAAACGUAGUAGCGAACUCAACUUUUGAUGCAACAUAUGUGAUACAUCAUGUUCCAUAUGCCCAUACGGGGAGUGCUGGAGUUCAAUGAUUUGAUUGACCAAGUGCGUGACGAUGGACUUUUUGAAGAAACCGAGUGCUUUUUUAUUGGUAGUAAAUAAAAGUGCUACCUUACAAAUGUAAAUACCUAAUUAGUGUAAUCACUACUAUUGUGUUCAAGCAUAAUUUAUUAUUUUUUGAAUACUGAUAGUUCAUAUCAUUUACGGUACCAAUUUAAUGAUAGGCUACAACGGUACGAAUUGAUGAGAUUUUUAGUUGUUCAGAUGUGAUGAUUUGAAGUUGCAACGCGUUCUAGUUAAGUAGUCUAUUGUUGGAACUCUGUUGAAUACCCCGAGUUUUAACAAGCAAAACAAACAAACUGUAAGUGCAACUAAUAUGUAUUUAUAUUGCAUGCUUAAAAUAGUAUUUUAAGAGCAUUAUAUGAUGUAAUAUAAACAAGGAAUCUACAACGGACCAACUAAGGGUGGGCAUAACGGUUUGGUUUAACCGAACCGUAUCAAACCGAAUCGAACCGGACCAUAUGCAAUUUGGUUUGAGUUUGGUACUAUUUCUUUCAAACCGUAUUAAACCGAACCGAAACCGAUAAAAACCGAACCGAACUAAAGAAACUCAAAAAAACUUUUAAAUAUUAUUAAAAUUGGUGGUUUGAUUUGGUUUGGGUUUACUUAAGUAAACUGUUUGGCAAACAUUUGCUCAAAGCGAAUGAUUUGGUACUUUGGUUUGGUUUGGUUUAAAACGGAAAAACCGUAAAUCGAACCGAACACCGAACAACAUAUACACACACACACAUUGUAUCUAUCUUCACUCUUCAUUUUUAAGAUAUAAAUAAAUAAUUUAGACAUGAAAAUACAUAUUUAAGCAUAUACUCGUAUCAUUUUAACUUUUACACAUUUAACUUUUCCGACAUAUUUGUAUUUAUUAUGUUUGGCGAUAACAAUAGCAAAUUGCAUUUAUAUUUUUACAUGAUUCAUUUCAAUAAAAUUGUGAAUAUUACAACAUUUGUACCAUCGACUCUUUUAGUUUUUUUGAAUAUUUUAUGUGAUAUUAUAAAUGUUAAUCAACUAUCUUUUUAUUUGUAAGAAAUGAAUUUUUUGUAGUGAUAAAAAAGAUGAUAGAAGUUUCAAUUUAUGAUAUUUUUUAUUUAUUUUUAUAUCUUUUAUUUCCUUUUACAUUUUAUUUAAAUAAUCAAUAAAUUAAAAAAAGAUGAGAUGGACUACUCUUUCAUUUUCUAAUUCUGAAAUAUAGAACUUGAUCAAAUUAAAUAAUAAACAUAAACAAACGAAAACUAAAUUAAACAUAAUAUUUUUUUUAUUUUGGUAAACCGAACUUUAAACCGAACCGAACCGAAACCAAACCGAAACACAAAUGGUUUUAGUUUGGUACAAAUUCUCCCAACCCGAAUAAACCGAAACAAAACCGAAGCCGAAGAAAACCGAACCGUAAACCGAAUUGCCCACCCAUAGGACCAACCAAACACGAAUUGACAUCUCAAAAGUUAUUUUCAUAUCAUGUGAUCCUAAUCAUUGGUUACGGAGUAUCGUCCAUUGGUGUAACAUAUUGGAUUGUCUAGAAUUCUUGGGGAGAAGAAUGAGGUCAUAAGAGAUACGACUUGGUGUUGAGACAAAGAAAUAAAUAAAGCAGAUCCAUAUCCCUAAAAACGUAUUAUCCCAUGAAGAGUGGCUAUCCAAAAAAGAGAAGAAAUUGAAUAUUUGAGGUUAGACUAUUUUUCCCAUAUAUGUGAACCAGUCUUACACUCGCGUGUUGCACGAGACCCAAAACUAAUAAAAUAUGACACACAAUUAAACUAAUGGACAUAGAUUAUAUAUUACUCCCUCCGUCCCCAAAUAAACUUUCCUUUUCCGUCCGUCCCAAUUAAAACUUCCACUUUCCCUUUUUGGCCAGAAUUUGUGGUUCACAACAAUUCUUAUACAUUUCUCUCUCCUCUGCACAACUCUCCACUACACAAUACCCACUAUCUUAAACUGUGUGCUAAACCUAUUUGGAAGUUUUAUUAGGGACGGAGGGAGUACUUAUUGUGUUUUAAAGAAUCAUAAUUCUAAUAAGAUAACAUGUGUGAGUGAAUGAUUCAACAUGUAAACCUUUGACAACAGCUUGCAUUACUUCAUAAUAACCAAAACAAAUAAUCUAUAUUAAAAAAACCUUAUAAUUCGUUUUGCUUAAAAAUGGAAAUAUAUCUUAUGAAUGUAUUCUCAUACAUAAUAAACAGAUGUUUUACUGUGGGAGUGUUUGAAAGAACUUGAAAGAAACAAUAAACAAUUAAUUUUCUAGUUUAAAAAAUUAAAAUUGGUGUUUUCAAGUGAUAACAUCAGCUUAAGUUAAGCAUUUUAAAACUAAUAGUUAAAAGCAGAACUUGAACUUUUACAAAAUAACAAUUUUUAAUAAGGUGAUUAGCUAUAGCAAUUACAAAAGUAAUUUUAGAUCUAAAAUGGGAGAUUUUCCAAAAUAGGAGUAAAUGGAAUUUGAAAUUCCAAAAUAAGACUACCAUGUUUCUAUUCCAUAAAUAGGACUAACAUGACGGUAUUUACGGCCAUAUUGUACGUGAUGCCAAGUAGUUGCAGUGUAGUGCAUUUAAAAUGACAAUAUUUAUUAUAAUUAAUGAGAGAAUUUUUCAAUGACAAUAUUUUUCAUACAUGGCAGUAACAACUCCUAUUUCAGGAAGAAAAACAUAGAAGUCCAAUUUUGGAAUUUCAAACCUCAUUUACUCCUAUUUAUGACAAUUUCCUAUCUAAAAUGAAAUGAGCAAACUAAGCAAAAACCUUUGCCCAUAAUUACGAAAUGAGCAACUUAUCUCCUUUUGAAACAUUAGCCUAAGAGAAGAAAUAAGUUUUACUUGAAUAGAAAAAAAUGCCACUUAAAUUUACUUACCAUAACAGUGUAUUAAAUCCAAUCCAAAAUGGAACUAAUAGGAAAUAUGUUUGACAGGAACAUAGACAAUAAUACUAAUAAGAAUACUAAUAGUAUUGAAGAGUGUAAUAGAGUUUAAAUGUAGAUUCUGGGCCAUUUUAGUAAAUUAGGUAUAAUGGGCCAGCCCUUGAUUAAAUAGAAGUACUAUAAAUAAGGAAGGGGGAAGGCAGGAGGUAGGCAACUAUUCUGUUGGAAUAGGCUAGGAGACUAGGCAUCUUGAAUUGUCUGUGGCUAUUUGAUUCUUUCUGUAAACAUUCCCUACUUCAAUAAAUCUUCUUGAUCAUCUGCUUGAUUUUCUACUGUUCUUAGUUGAAGUAUCCCAAGGUUCUAUCAAAGUUGCUUAAGCUGAACCAUAAUAAUGCUCUAAGAUUGUUGGCCAAGAAAAGAUGAAAAAUAAUUAGUACUCUUCUUCUUCUUACCAUUCUCUAUGUUCAAACUUCUAUUCCAAGGAGUUAACAAAAGAAUUGAACAAAAAAUGCAUUUAUUUUCUUCUUGCUAUCGAUGUGCAAAAAAGUGUAGUCAUUUGAUAUUUGGUACUUUCUUAGACAAAAGUAAGAUGAAUGGAAUAGACCUAUGUGUUUAAAAGAAAAUAAUUGCAAUCAGUGGCCAGUCUUAUGGAAGAUUUAAAACGGAUGUUUAAGUAAUGACCAUUUUUUGUUUUUGGAAAAGAGAAGGUUUUAUUGAUAAAAGGGGUACAAAAGCUAAUGAGAGGAUAAAGUUGAACAAGGAAAAACAGUGAGAAAACUCAGCUACUGAUAAUUCCUUGUAGGCGCCUUAUUUCUGUCAUGUUUGAAUAUUCCUUGUAGCCACCUUAUUUCGUUUCUUAGUUUUCUUGGACACUACUUUUGUGAUUUCUUCUAGUUUUUCAAUUGAUACAGGAAGGUCCAGCAGAGAUGAAUGCAAUGUUGAUAAUUUCACUACUUCUUUAGCUUUUUUUCUUUUGAAGAAGUUCAGUCUUUCUGAAACAAUUGAGACUCGACUUUUAUUUUUGCAAGACAGCUUUUGAAUUUUUCAUUGUUAGUAUCCAAAAUAGAGUCAUGAACUUGAGCAUCGCUAUCCUUGAUCUUUUGAAUAGGUCUCUCAGACUCAAGGGAAUCUGUUAAACUUUGCUCUUUAACUUCGAGAAUGAGGCCCUUUGAGCUCUCCAAGUUCAUUCAUCUCGUACUCUUGAAACUUUUGCACAUUAAUCUUAUCAUUUAGCUCCAAGGAUUUCUCAACUUGAGGGUUGCCAGUAUCUUCCUUCUUCUCAGCUUGUAAUGCAAUCGUGAGAAUCAUGACCAAGAUGCUUGCACUCAUUACAAUAAAGAGGCACACCUCCAUAAACUAUUGGCUGCCAAAUGGAAAAAUUGUCAUACCCAAUACGAAUCUCUGACAGACUGGGCUUUGAAACAUCAAUUUCCACACACAUUCUAGCCAAAUAUAAUCUACUUUUAUUUGAUGUUUUCUCAUCAACUUUAAUGGGUGAACCCAAAUCUAAGCCAGUCGUAUGCAAAAUAGCCUUAUCAUAGAAUACUAAAGGCAAUUUAGGAAGAGAAUUCCACACCGGGGCUACUGGGGAUUCAACCGGAGGAAUGAAAUCAAAGUUAUGUUUCAAAACACGCAUAAGAAUACCUUGAAUGUACCAUACCUGUUUGUGCAUGAGUGUGUAAUAGUCAUAGAUCGAUUCUAAUUUAAUCAAAACGUGUUUCGAAUCCAGAGAACCAAUGAAGAAAGCCUUGGACAAUGCUUCUAAUAAAUUCUUUUUAUUAGAUUAAAUUGAUAAUUCGGUAUAUAAAACACAAUUAUAGAGUGCGUUAACUUCAGGUGCUGAGACCGGAAUAAAGGGCUUGACAUAUUCACCAAAUGCUUUCCAAAGAGCAGAGAGAUUUACGUUGGCCUCGAUUUAAAGUAAUUUUCAAUCUGGGAUUUCCGCCCGUCAAAUUUCCAAUCGGGAAACCCUCGCCGCCCCCUUUGAAUAUAAUUUUUUUUCCCCAAGAGAUUUUUCAAUGUCUAGAACGUCAUCAGAGAUCCCUGCCGGUUGAUUCGUCGCUGAAAUCAGAGCUUUUAUGUUGGCCUCGAUUAUUGAUUGCCGCUUUCGCAGGGGUGGGAACUGGAAAGCUACUGCCAUCUUCCUUCUCAUUAUUAACCCGAUGACUAACCGUGGCCAUUUUUCUUUGAAUACAAAAGGGAGGAGCAAAUAAGACAGUAGGAUAAUUUCAGGAGCAAUGAGACCACUAAGGUAAACCUUCUAAGAGCAUAUAAGACACUAAGCUAAUUUUAAGAGCAAAGAAACACCUCCCUUAAAUGAAUUAAUUACUACGUAUAUAUCGUCUUCCCAUUAAUUUUUUUAUUGAUCACACUUGGGGACUUAAAUAAGAAUUUAAGACUAAACAAAUCAAAGCAUGUCAAUGGGUUACAAUAUCUUGUACUAUUUCCGUUCUCUUUUAAUUGUGCUAAUUACCCGAAGAGUCUAAUUUUGUGCUUAGUAUUUCAUUUAUGUCCAGCUAUGUAUUAGUUUUCAUAUUUAACUUUCAAAUUUUCAAUUUAGGUUUCCUUAUUUCAAAAAGAGUCAAAACAUUAAAUGCAAUCAAAUCACAAAAAUUUGGCUCUGCAUCGACAAUCGACAUUUGUCUUCAUCUCCUAGAAGCUUCGCGUCUGUCCAUCUUUCGUAUUUGUCGAUCAAUUUCCAGCUGCCUUACCAUAAACUCCACCUUAAAUCGUUCGUCGCCGUUGCUCUCUCAAUCGAUCUCAACAUGAAUUAUCAGAUCCCUAAUUCGACCGUCAAACAAAUGCUGAUUUUGAGGGUUCCCGACAUCGUUUUUCCAUUGCAACUUGUUUCAUUCGUUCACGUUUAACGUCAGACCGAUUGAUAAUAAUGAACUGCCGAUUCAUUAUACAAUUUCUGAAGCGCAUCAGAAGAGAAUUGGGUGGAGAAAAUACUGAAGCUGCGACCUAAUUCUUACAUUUGUGAGGUAAGGUUUCUUCUUGUGAAGUUUUCAAGCAGAUCGUGGCACCUGUGAUUUGUUAUAUAUGACUAUAGAGAUGAAAAAAAUGUUCACCAAGCAAACAAGGACAAAAUGCACAAGCAUACUUUUGAUUCACUAACACACACUCACAUACAUGCAUAUAUAUGUCUUUGUAUCAAUGUAUAUGGGUUAACACAUGUUUCUCCUCUGAAAACGAGAAUCUAUAAAAAAAAUGUUCAUAUUAUUGCAAUGAAUGAUUGGUUAUAUGAUACUUAAUCAAUGAGCAUUUGAGUAGUUAAUUGCAAUUUAAUUUCAUAAAAUCCAUAGGCAUUCUCUGCACUCAGUGUGUAUUGUCCUUUAGAUUUCCAAAGACGAACACACUAUGUGGCCAUUUGGGUGUGUAUUCACGUUAAGGUUGUUCUGAAUUCUGGAAUAUCCUAUCCCUAGAUUGUUUACUAAGAAUGCUUAGCUUCUGCAUAUGCAAUUGACCAAUAUUUCAUCCAAAGCAUAUGCACUUGACCAAUUGUUCAUUUAAGGCAUAUGCACUGGACCAAUUGUUCAUCUAAGGAUUCUCAUGUCUGUAUUAAUAAUGUAGUAAUUACCUAAAAUAGGGUUUCCAUAUUUUGUUGUUUCCUAUUGUAUUUUGGACACUUAUUCUAUUAUAAAUAUGGAAACCCUAUUUUAUGGUCUCAAACAGGCUCCAAGAGCCUGGUUCUACAGGUUUAGUAGUUUUCUUUUAACUCAUGGUUUGUCUGCAGUAAGUCUGAUAAUUCUUUAUUUAUUUUUCGGCAAGGGGGUCAUAUUCUCUAUUUGCUCCUCUAUGUCGAUGAUAUUAUUAUAACUGGUAAUUCCUCAUCUUUCAUCACUCAUUUUAUUUCUUGUCUGGGCCGCCACUUUGCUAUGAAAGAUCUAGGGGAUCUACAUUUUUUCCUGGGUGUCCACGCGGUCCGUCUGUCUCAAGGGUUAUUUCUCUCACAAAAGAAAUAUGUGUCCGAUUUAUUAGCCAGGUUUCAUCUUCAUACUCUUAAACCAGUUCGUACCCCUCUUCCUUCUGGCGGAUCCUACUGAGUACAGGAGUAUGGUAGGUGCUUUACAGUAAAUAUUUCUGAAUUAUUUUUUUUGGAAUAAAAACAUAACAAGUCCUAUUUUGAGUUUUUGUCAUAGUUUUAGUCCUAUUUGAAGUAAUUUCUAAUAUUGUAACAACCAAGUUGUUCUACAUAUCAAUAUCAAUCAUAUUUUUCAUCAACGCACAAAGCACGUAGAGAUGAUCUACUUCGUACGGGAACAUAUUGCAUCUAACAAGGUGGAGCCGCAGAACAUUCCGACUAAGGCACAUGUGACUGAAGUGCUAACCAAACCUCUUAGCUCAGACCAAUUUCACUCACUUGUCAGCAAGAUGGGCGUUCAUGAUCUUCACGCACCAUCUUGAGGGAUGAUAAAUUUGCUUGUUUUCACAUACACAAGACCAUGCAACCAGCUGAUUGCAUGAGAAUUUGCUACAAUUACCGGAAUUAUUCUUUUGGUUGCAUACCAUAGACGUUAUUACAUACUAGCUGAUUUAAUUUUUUACAUGUUAGGUCGUUGGGUAUUAGAAUGGUAAAUAUUAGUUAAUUCUAUUAUUAAGAAAAUAAGAAUAAAUAGAUGAAUAAAACAUUAGGGCAAUAUAUACUACAUAUUAAACAGAUUAAUAUUUCUAUUUUUAUAAGAAUUAUUUAUUAACUUUAUUAUUCUAUUAUGAUUUUAUAUUAAUACUAUUAAUUAAUUUAUUAAAGAAAAUAGAAAACCAGUUAAUCCGGUCCAAACCGGAACAAUCCGGUUUUUUAAUCAAAACAUGACCACGGACUUCAAAAACAAUAUUUGAAAACCGAAAACCAGACCGGAUAUCAUCCAGGUUGGUUCUGUUUUUUCAGUAGAGCCCAGUUUACCGGUUUGAACCGGUUUGUGCACACCCCCAAUUGUGUUUAACAUAAUUUGUGCAGCUCUUUGAGCUCGUAGCUCAUAUAUAUGCAUAUACAUGUACACAGGGACGGAACUAUCAACAAGGUUAGUGGGGCCUUGGCCCCUCCCAAGUAUUUUAUUUUUUAAUAGUACCUAUAUCCUACACCCGGAUGUAGGUACAUCCAGCCCAGUUGAAGAAGACAGCCCAUUAACUAAUAUAGACCAUUUUAUUUUCGGUGGCAUUUUUGAAAUUUAAGCAAAAAAUCACGGCUUCAGCUAAAUGAGCAUUAGUGUACGUUUAAUGAGCAAAAGGCCAAUUAUAAUGAGUAUUAAGCUUCCGAUAAUGAGCAUCAUGUAAGUACAAGAAAACUGAUAUCAUAACUAAAAAACGGUGACAUUUUUGUAAUAUCAGUGAAAAUCAUGUUUUUUGAUAGAUGAGUAUUAAAAUGUGAGCAUCAUGUUAGUACAAAAAAACUGAUAUCACACUGUUAAUGAGCAUCAGAUGUAUUCUAUUGAGCAUUAAGAGUCGAAUAAUGAGUAAUGUGAUAUCAAUUUCAUAUAUUGUAAUUCACUUUCCGUUAUCUUAUUUUUUCUUUUAUAAAAACUCAUUAAAUUUUAUCUAUAAUCAAUUCCUAUGAAUUUCAAUAUGUGAAUCGAAUGUAAUAUGGUACUUUGAUAUGAAAAUCAUAAGGUUUGUUAGUUAAACAUCACAACAUUUUAACUGAGCAUCAAACCUUCGUUAUUGAGAUGAAAAUCAUGGUUUCUGGUGAAUGAGCAUUAAUGAACUUUUAAUGAACAUCAGAACAGUUAUGUUGAGUAUUAGGAGUCUAAUAUUAGAAAUCGUGAUCUCUGCUUCAUAAUUUCUAAUUCACUUUCUUUUUGUUAUUUUUUCUUUUAUAAAAAAUUAUUAAAUUAUAUCUAUAAUCAACUCUUAUGAAUUUCAAUAUGUGAAUCUAAUGUAAUAUUGUACUCUUGAAAUAUGCAUUGAUAUGACAUUUUUAAAAUGAGCAUAACAUGAGUACUAGUUGAGCAGACGUAACUUACAAAAUGAGCAAUGAUAUAAAAAUCAUAAGGUUUUUUUCGUUGAGAAUGAAGACAUUUUCAUUGAGUAUCAAAUCUCUUUUAUUGAGUAUUAUAAAUAUACAAUUGAGUAUCAUGCAUGGUUUGUGCUCCAGUAUCUAUAAUCAACUCCUACGUGAAUCAAACGUGAUAUGCUAAUUUUGAAAUAUGUAUUGAUAUAACAUUUUAAAAUUUUAAAAUAGCAUAACACCAGUACUAAAUGAUUAUACAUUAUUUACCAAAUGGGCAAUGAUAUGAAAAUUAUAAGCUUUGUUAGUUGAGCAUCAAAGCAUUUUUAUUGUAUAUCAAACGUCGUUUAUUGAGUAUUAUAAGCAUAGAAUUGGGUAUCAUGAUCUCUACUUUCUUGUCUCUAAUCAACUCUCAUGGGAAUCUAAUGUAAUAUGGUAGUUUUGAAAUAUGCAUUGAUAUGAGAUUUUAAAAUAAGAAUAAAAAUCAAUAUCAGAUAAGCAUACAUAACAUAAAAAUAAACAUUAAAAUGUUCAAAAGCUCAAUUGAAUUCUCUAAUGUGUUCAAAUAUUCAUUUGUGAAUGCUCAUUUCUUUUAAUAGUUAUACUCAUUCGAAUAUAACAUCAACUCUUUUGUAUAACAUGUACAUCUAGUAAAUUCGUUAUUAACAAUUUAAUAAACUAUGAUUAUAUAUAACAAUGAAAAAUAUAAAAAAUGCUAUACUAAAAACAAAUUUUAGGUUUAUUUUAAAAAAUGCAAAUAUAAUUGCGUUGUUUUUAUAAUAUUUACUCAUGCACAUUUAUUUUGCACUGUACUCAUUUGAAUAUAAUACAAAACUCAUGUUGGUAAUAAACUCAUUUUAGUAUAAUACACACAAUAUUUAAUAAACUAAUAAAUAUUAAUCUUAAAAUUUGAAAUAUAAAAAUAAAAUUAAUACCUAAAAUAUUUAAUAAUGUACAAUUAAAAAGAAUUAAGUUAUGAGUUUUAUUGAAAAAAGCAAAAACAAACUCCAACAUUAAAUAAUAUUUUAUUUAUACAUUUUGAUAAUAAUUGAAAAAAAUAAAGCAAAAAGUUGGUGUUUUUUUAAAGUGCAAAAAGUUGUUGAAUAAAAAGAAAUAAUACAAAGGAGAACAACAACAACCUACAGACCUGACAACCUAAAGCAAAGGAAUUAAAAAGACGGAGCCAACAGAUGUACGCGUGUAAAGCAACGCUACAGUGCCGGUUGAAAAACAGAGAAGAAGCAAAACAGAAGGAAAACGGAGCCGGCAGAAAAAAGAAGAAAAACAGAGCAGAAGCAACAUGACUAUUAGCCUUUAAGUUGUAAUUAAUUACAAAAAUACCCGGUUGUACGGUGAGAACCGUACAACCGGGUGUACGGUAUAAUUUACCGCAUAUACAUGUACACAGGGACGGAACUAUCAACAAGGUUAGUGGGGCCUUGGCCCCUCCCAAGUAUUUUAUUUUUUAAUAGUAUUAUUAGUAUUAUCUAAGUAUUUCAUAUGUCCUUUUUAAUGUUUUACGAGUAGUUAGUAUUUAUCUGCUUAUUCCCAUGUCCUUUUUAAUCUUUUAGUUCAUGGAAUUUAUCUUCCAGUAAUUUAUUUACGAAUUUUACUUGUGAAUGGUUUUCAAGGUUUCUGUUGCAAAAGUUAUUUUUGUUGAUGACUAACCAAUAGAGGAACAACAGGGAGACCUCUUCUAUCACUAACUUGCAGGUGAACUGAUUAACUGGAACCACGACGGGUUCUAGACAAAUGGCUGAACUACCUUGAUUAAAUAUUCCAGUUUGCAUGUCUUGUCAGACCUUACGUACUCUAAUUUAUCUGGUUUAAUACUCCAAUGAAUAUUCUCUUGCCAUAUCUGCAUUAGUUGACCGUAGCAUUUGGAAUGAAUAAAUAAAAGUGUUUCCUAUUGAACACACCAUAGGAAACUCUAUUUUCUUACCUUUCGUAUGAUUUGUUUGACCAAGACAUUAUUCAAUAUUUCUUACCAUGCCAAUAGAUCUACCUUUCAUAAUUAAAACACGUUAAUAGCUAGAAAAAUAUGUGCUAGUAUAUACCAUUGCUUUCUUGAUUAGUUAGGUAAGAAAAUCCCUUGGCUAAUAUAUCCCCUUUGUCGAUGCAUGCAUUAUUUUGACUAACGGAUAUUCAUAGCUCAAAAGGUGAGAAAUGUUAUACAAGGAAGGCCAUUCAAAAUAACUAGGAAAGUCCAAGUUGUCAAAUUGAAGAGCAAGUGAACGUUACAAAAAGUACUAUAUAUACAACGGACUGAAGAUCAAAUAGCAGGCUUGACCGUGAAGAGAAAGUCGAAUCAAGAGGAAUACCAAAAGAAGAUAUCAAGUCCAAGGCUCCUGAACCUGCUCACUGAGUUCUAGAUAGAGUUUUCUUUUCCCUUUCAUAUUGUACUUGGAUUAUUGAGGCUUAAUUGGCUAGAGCAGCUGCCUCGGGUUAAGUGUGUGUGAGAGCUUUGUGAUAAAGCUGAGAGGCUCUCUACCCGCAAGGUAGAGAUGCAUAACUCUUCCUAGAGAGGAUAGAGUUGGGGAGGCUCAAGGGUAGAUUAGGAGAAUCACUCUUGUAACUCUUUCAAAGGCUUGUUUAGUGAAGUUGUUUAAAAUUCCUCCGAGGGAGGUCGAGGUUUUUUUAAUCCCUUUGAGCCAAGGGAUUUUUCCUCGUUAAAUUCUUGUGCACUUUACUAUUUUGCAAUUCCCUUUAUCCCACACACCAGAACUCGGUGAAAAACUGCCACGGUUCCACACACACACAAUUCACCCCCCCCCCCUCUUGUGUUGCUAACCGUUUUCUUCAAUUGGUAUCAGAGCCGGUCUUCACCACAUAAAGGCUAAUACCUUGGGAAGAGAUCCGGCAAAAUGAAUACGGUUGACCGAUUGGAAGAAGGGUAUUCGACUCAACGACCACCAUUGUUCAAUGGCAAAUACUAUCAAUUUUGGAAGAGUCGGAUGGAAAACUUUAUCAAGGCCGAUAACUACCAAGUUUGGAAUGUAAUUGAAAGUGGUGAUAAUGUCAUCACAAAGAGAAACGCCGAAGGUAAUAUUGUUCCUAAACCUAAAGUUGAAUAUACUUCUGAAGAUUAUGAGAAACUCGAGCAUAAUGCCCAAGCCCUUAAAUAUUUAAUUUGUGGUCUUGGUCCUGCCGAACACAAUCGAGUUCUAGGAUGCAAGACUGCAAAACAAAUGUGGGAUUUGCUCGAGGUCACUCAUGAGGGAACCUCACGUGUAAAAAAAUCUAAGAUUGACAUAUUCAUGCGUAAUUACGAAUUAUUCGUAAUGAAGCCAAAAGAGUCAAUUAAGGAUAUGAUUACACGUUUUACUAAUAUCAUCAAUGAGCUUUCAGCCCUUGGAAGAGAGAUUACAGUAGAAGAUCAAGUAAGAAAGAUCUUGAGAAGCCUGCCCCCGGUAUGGAAGCCUAAGACCACGGCCAUUGAAGAAGCAAAAGAUCUAUCCACCAUGACGCUUGAAGACUUAACCGGAUCACUCUUAACAUAUGAACUGGGUCUUCAAGAAGAACAAGAUGCCGAGAAUGCUAGACGAGAAAGAGGAAUAGCUCUAAAGGCUCGAGAGGAAGAAGAAGAAUCUGAAAGUGAAUCGGAUGACGAGAUGAGCAUGUUUGCAAGACAAUUUGGGAGGAUGUACCGAAAAUUCAAGAACAACCGUACCAAACAAGGUAAAAGGAAUACUCAAUCCUUUAAUAACCAAGGUUGUUUUGUUUGUGGUUCCUUUGAGCACAGGGCUAAGGACUGCCCACAAAAGAAAAAUGAUAAAACCUACGACAAGAACAAGUCCAGUUCCAACCGGAGGUUCAGUGAAGACAAAAGCUUCAACAGAGAUCUCAAGAAGGCAAUGAUGGCCGCAUGGGGAGACUCAUCCGAUGAUGAAGAAGAAGAAAAUGACAAGAACUCCAAUCAUGCGGGUCUAUGUCUUAUGGCACUCUCCGACGAGGAAUCCGACCAAGAAAGCUUUGAGGUAAACUUUGAAAACUUCCUAUCCAAGUUUGACUCUCUAUCCAAAACCAAAACUCGGAAAAUUUUCAAAAGAUUGACUAUUGAGCUUAAUGAAAGUCUUUCCGAAAAUGAUCAUCUUAAAUCACGUAUCACUGAGCUUGAGUCUAAACUCGAGGAAGCCACGAGAGCCAAAAUAAGGCUUGAAACAAAAGUGGGAGAGUUAGUAGAUGAAAGGCUUAAGUACAGUGAAGUGGUUCUAGAACAAGAUCAAAUUAUUUGUUCUCUUAAGCUCGAUAGUAUGAACAAACAAGUUGAUCAUGAUGAAAAGCUUCUCUCAAAAAUACCGAGUGUUGGUUCUUUAAUUGAUCAUCUUCAUCGUCUAGUUGCCGAGUGCACUGAUUUUAAAAAUAGACCGGAAUAUCAAUCCUAUAGUGCAACGAACAAAACCAGGUCUAGACAUCAUUCUGGAACUGGUCCUUCUCAGCACAAUAAGAAAGUAAACGAGACUGCAGGUCUCGGAUAUGUUCCAAAGGAUAUUCGAUCUAAUCAAGAAUCAAAUUUUCAGAACCAACCCUUUAAGGGUAAAAGAACCCAAGGACAACCCAGUUCUAGACCAUAUCAACAGCCACCUAGAACUGGACCAAACUGGUUCGAUAGACUGGUUCAGAGGCACAAAAACGGUUAUGGACAAACGCCUAACCGGACUUUUUACAAAAGAACUAGAGGCUUUCACGGUAAAUGGAAACCCAAAUACGUUGAUACUUAUGAUAACCGAGUGUGCAUGCAUUGUGGCAAAAUCGGUCAUCUUCGGUAUCAAUGUUACUCUCGGCAAGAGACCCUAGAUAGAUGUUAUGAUUAUGUUAGAUCUUCCUCAAAUAAAUACAAAAUGGAACCCAAGCAGGUCUGGGUUCCACGCACUAAACCUUAAUCCUGGAACAGCGCCGAGUGAGGGGGAACAAUCACUGGUUCCUUGACAGUGGUUGUUCUAAGCACAUGACGGGGGAUAAAUCUUUAUUCCUCUCACUACGGCCAUUUAGCGGUGGAAAGGUGACAUUUGGAGACAACGGCAAAGGAGAGAUCAUAGCCGUGGGCAAAGUUGGAAAGUCACCUAGCCAUGCUAUCGAUAAUGUAUUUUUAGUCAAGGGUUUGAAAUUUAAUUUACUAAGUAUUUCUCAAUUUUGCGAUCGAGGUAAUAGUGUUGUUUUUGAUCAUAACGUUUGUCGCAUUGUUAAUAACGAAUCACAACAAGUUAUACUUGAAGGCAAGAGGCUCGAAAAUACAUAUAAAGUAGAUCUUGAUUCUUUGCCUAAUAUUAGUAUGACUUGUUUGAGCGUUAUUGAUAACGAUCCUUUGCUAUGGCAUAAAAGGCUUGGACACGCUAGUUUUUCAUUAAUAAAUAAACUUAAAAAUAAUGAUUUAGUUAUUGGACUGCCGAACAUGAAAUUUUCACUUGACCAUGUCUGCUCGGCUUGUGCCACCGGAAAACAAUCUCGAUCAUCUUUUAAAACAAAGAAUUUGGUGAGCACAAGCAAGCCCAUAGAACUAAUGCACAUGGAUUUGUGUGGUCCAAUGUCAGUCCGUAGCCGAGGAAACAAAGAAUAUGUUCUGGUUAUUGUUGAUGACUUUUCAAGAUUUACAUGGACUAUCUUUCUUGCUAGCAAGAAAGAUACUUUUAAUGAGUUUGCUAUUUUUGUAAGGAGAAUUGAACAUCAAACAAGUCUACGACUAAUCAAGAUCCGAUCGGAUCAUGGAACUGAGUUUGACAACUCACUCUUCGAUGCAUUCUGCAAGGAACGAGGGAUAGACCACAACUUCUCUGCCCCUAGAACUCCACAACAGAACGGAGUGGUAGAACGGAAGAAUAGAACUCUGGAGGACAUGACUAGAACAAUGCUAAUUUCCAGCGGUCUAGCUAGGAGUUUCUGGGCCGAGGCUCUAAACACAGCUUGCUACAUCAUUAAUCGAGCCAUGAUCCGCCCACUCCUAGGGAAAACACCCUACGAACUACUCAAAGGAAGGAAGCCCAACAUUAGUCAUCUAAGAACCUUUGGAUGCAAAUGUUUCGUCCACAACAAUGGGAAAGAUAACAUCGGAAAAUUUGAUGCUAGAAGUGACGAGGCAGUCUUCCUCGGAUAUUCUCCUCAUAGCAAGGCUUACAAAGUUCUAAACAAACGCACACAAUGUGUGGAAGAAAGCAUUCAUGUAAUCUUUGAUGAAGCACUUGCCUCAAAGUCAAUCCAAGCCGAUGAUGGUGAGCUAGGGGUGACUCGCAAGAAGUCACGAUCCCAAGGAGAUAAAGAAACUGACUAUCAAACUGGCGAAGUUCCACCAACAAAUGACAAUGAACAAUCUGGAACUGAAAAAGAACCUGGACAGAACAUUGACACUGGACCUAUAGAACCAAUAGAACAAGUUUCAGAUACUCUCUACAAUUUGGUGGAUCAACCCAACGCUCCUAGGGGUUGGAAGCUUCAUAGAUCACAUCCGCUGGAUAACCUCCUCACCGAUCUAAAUCAGGGAGUAACAACUAGAUCCAAACUUAAAAACUUUUGUGCUUUCUCUGCUUAUUUAUCUCUUAUAGAACCGGAGAACCAUGAAGUGGCUCUCUCCGACACUGACUGGGUUCUAGCCAUGCAGGAAGAACUAAAUCAGUUUGAAAGAAAUAAGGUGUGGCAUCUAGAACCGAGACCCAAGAACAAGACUGUGAUAGGUCUCAAAUGGGUAUUCAAGAACAAGCUCGAUGAACAUGGUCAAAUCACAAGGAACAAAGCUAGGCUUGUUGUCAAAGGUUAUAACCAACAAGAAGGAAUAGACUUCAACGAAACAUUUGCACCGGUGGCUAGACUAGAAGCAAUCCGAAUGCUCAUAGCAUUUGCGGCUCAUAUGGGUUUCACCCUCCACCAAAUGGAUGUCAAGACGGCCUUCUUGAAUGGAUAUCUAAAGGAAGAGGUAUAUGUAGAACAACCACCGGGCUUUGAAAAUCAAGAUUUUCCUAAUCAUGUUUUCAAAUUAGAUAAAGCACUUUAUGGCCUCAAACAAGCACCUCGUGCUUGGUAUGAACGCCUAUCUAAAUUUCUUUUGGAAAAUGGUUUUGAAAGAGGAAAAAUAGAUAAAACUCUUUUUCUAAAAAUAAAAGAUCAAGCACUAUCGGUUGUUCAAGUUUAUGUUGAUGAUAUUAUUUUUGGUGCUACUAACGAUUCUCUUUGUGAUGAAUUCUCUAAUCUUAUGAGUUCCGAAUUUGAGAUGAGUAUGAUGGGGGAACUUAAUUUCUUCCUUGGCCUACAAAUCAAGCAAUCAAGCAAAGGAACUCAAAUAUCUCAACAAAAGUACCUCAAGGAACUCCUAAAGAAGUACGGAAUGAGUGAAGGCAAAACCAUGACUACACCUAUGGGAACAAAUGAUAGGCUGGAUGCGGAUGAACAAGGAAAGAGCAUAGACCAAAAGAUGUAUCGAGGAAUGAUUGGGUCCUUACUGUACCUCACUGCCAGUAGACCUGACAUUGUUUUUAGCGUAGGUCUAUGUGCUCGGUUCCAGGCUAAUCCCAAGGAAUCUCACCUCAAGGCUGUGAAAAGGAUCCUCAAAUAUCUCAAAGGAACUGCUGAUCUAUGCCUAUGGUAUCCUCGUAAUGAGAACUUUGAACUAAUUGCAUAUUCAGAUUCUGACUUUGCAGGUGAUCUACUACAUAGAAAAAGUACGUCUGGAACUGCUCACUUCCUGGGUCCUUGUCUAGUUUCUUGGAGUUCUAAGAAACAAAAUUCAAUAGCACUCUCAACCGCGGAGGCCGAGUACGUAGUUGCCGCAUCAUGCUGCUCCCAAUCACUAUGGAUUAUGCAACAAGUAAGCGAUUAUGGAGUUGAUUUGAAAUGCACACCAAUCUUAUGUGACAAUACAAGUGCAAUCAGCAUCUCAAAAGAUCCAGUCAUGCAUUCUCGGACAAAACAUAUCCAUAUCCGACAUCACUUUUUGAGAGAUUGCGUAGAAAAGGGAUUAAUCAGACUGGAAUAUUGCAAUACUGAUAAGCAAAUUGCGGACAUCUUCACCAAACCACUGGGAAGAGAAAGGUUUGAAAUCAUUAGACUUGAGCUUGGCCUAAUUACUUCUUAAAAUAAAAUAAUAAUGUAUCUUAUUUUUAUUUGUCUCAUUUUUAUUGGUCUCAAUUUUUUUUUCUCUAACGCAGAUUCUUUUUCCCAUCUUUGGUAAGUGAAUAUUUUUAUUAAUCUAAAAGUGGUGUACAAUUACCGAAUUCUUGAUGAGUUGGGACUUUAAUUCUAAAAUCAUAAUUCAAAAAGGGGAUCCCCUCCUGAUUUAAUUGCCAAACCUGGCCGAUCCACUUACCAAACCCAUCUCCUCUCAAAAUCUUCUCCAUCUCUCAACCUCCAUGGUUAAAACGAGGGGCGGUGCUCCUUCAGCCCCACUUCGGCGCUCAAGCCGAAAACAAAUCAGCCGCAAGCCUCCCUCCUCUUCACCAACACUCAUAGACCUCGACACCACCUCAACUGUCAUGGAGCAAAAUCCCUCAAAUCUCGCCAUCGUUGAGGCUCGAAACCCAAAACCACCAGACUCUCAGAAAAUCGGACCGUCCUCAUCUCAGGGGGAACUCAACUUCGAAGUCGAAUCCUCACCCGAAGAACAACAUGCAAGUCCUCGCCCAAUACCGAACACGGCAAAGCCCUUGGUGAGGAAACGCAAAGCUCUUCCCCAGAAAUUUACACAAAGCAAGGCCAUGGGAACCACUCCUCCUGACGGGUCUGCUAAAAGAUACCCUAAGUUGGGCAAGGUUGCAGAGGAAGAUGCAGCUAGACUCAAGGAAGAGUACAUAAAUCGUGCAAUGGUUAAGGUACUCACUCUAUCUUCUGAUGAAUUCACUCGAAAAACAACAGAUUUCGUUGACCUUAUCUCGUUCCAACAAUGGAAUACCCUGUAUGACUCCAAGAACUGCUGCUCGGUAUACCCGGAACUUGUCUCUGAAUUUUUAGCCAGAUUAAUCAUCAGUGAUGGAGUGAUGUCUUCCAGGGUGCAGGGAACAAAAAUCCUAUUAGACGCUGAGGAUUUAGGGUUGAUUCUCGGCAUUCCCAGCACUGGUGAAUGCCCUUAUAAUAAAACUGAUUGGCCCUUACCCAAUGUGUCUCAAACAGCAGCGCUUCAGUACUUUAAUCCAACCACUUCUGGUUCCUCUCUCCAUGUAGCAAGCUUAUCCCCAGUCCAUAAAAUUCUGUUUUAUUUCGUUCACCAAAACCUCAUUCCCAGGCUUGAGGGACGUUCCUCACCCUCUAGAGCCGAGUUAGCAUACAUGUAUCUUUUAGCCACCAAGGUUCCAAUCAACCUUCCCGGCCUGAUGAUGGCUCACUUAAGCUUUACCAUCAGCUCCUCCUCUAGAGGGAAUGGCAUUCCCUAUGCACCUCUCCUCACAAAAAUCUUCCAGAAAAGGAACAUAGCGGUAGAUGACUUUCCUUCCGAAGGUGCAAAUAAGGUCCUGGAUAAAAGAUGUCUUAAUCUCCUUGGAAUUGUCCUUACCAACUCCAAACUCGUUCCCAAGGAGUCUCUCCCUGUUCCAUCCGAUCAAAAAACCAAACCAAAACCUGUUCCAACACCCUCUCACGACCCAAUGCAGGUUGUCACCCUUAUCAAGGACCAUCUGACCCAAAUGGAGCGUUCCCUUCAGCAACAGUUCAUUUCUCUUUCCAAAUCAGUCUCGGCUUUGGAAAAAAAGGUCGAUGCCCUGGCCGAGUCACAAGCUAUCAUUCACAAUGACCUCCAAUCCUUCAAAAAGGAAGCUUGCCUAAAGAGUGGAGACUCUGACCCCGUGGAUAGAAGAAUCGUCUUCUCCUCAGACGAAGAAUAACUACAAAGCAAUUCUCACUCUUUGGCUUGGGGGCGUAUGACUUUGAUUUGUCUUCUUUAUGCUCGUUUUUUUUAAAAACUCUGUACUAGACACUGUUUCGGUUGGUUCCUGUUUCCUUUUGGUUGAUGCCAAAAGGGGGAAAAAACAACCAGGUGCUCCCUAGGUGCUUAUUUUGCUACAAUUAAACUGUUAUAACAUAUCUAUUGUUACUACAUCUUCUAAGAUGCAGGCACCUGUGGUUUGUCAUCAACAAAAAGGGGGAAUUUGUUGCAAAAGUUAUUUUUGUUGAUGACUAACCAAUAGAGGAACAACAGGGAGACCUCUUCUAUCACUAACUUGCAGGUGAACUGAUUAACUGGAACCACGACGGGUUCUAGACAAAUGGCUGAACUACCUUGAUUAAAUAUUCCAGUUUGCAUGUCUUGUCAGACCUUACGUACUCUAAUUUAUCUGGUUUAAUACUCCAAUGAAUAUUCUCUUGCCAUAUCUGCAUUAGUUGACCGUAGCAUUUGGAAUGAAUAAAUAAAAGUGUUUCCUAUUGAACACACCAUAGGAAACUCUAUUUUCUUACCUUUCGUAUGAUUUGUUUGACCAAGACAUUAUUCAAUAUUUCUUACCAUGCCAAUAGAUCUACCUUUCAUAAUUAAAACACGUUAAUAGCUAGAAAAAUAUGUGCUAGUAUAUACCAUUGCUUUCUUGAUUAGUUAGGUAAGAAAAUCCCUUGGCUAAUAUAUCCCCUUUGUCGAUGCAUGCAUUAUUUUGACUAACGGAUAUUCAUAGCUCAAAAGGUGAGAAAUGUUAUACAAGGAAGGCCAUUCAAAAUAACUAGGAAAGUCCAAGUUGUCAAAUUGAAGAGCAAGUGAACGUUACAAAAAGUACUAUAUAUACAACGGACUGAAGAUCAAAUAGCAGGCUUGACCGUGAAGAGAAAGUCGAAUCAAGAGGAAUACCAAAAGAAGAUAUCAAGUCCAAGGCUCCUGAACCUGCUCACUGAGUUCUAGAUAGAGUUUUCUUUUCCCUUUCAUAUUGUACUUGGAUUAUUGAGGCUUAAUUGGCUAGAGCAGCUGCCUCGGGUUAAGUGUGUGUGAGAGCUUUGUGAUAAAGCUGAGAGGCUCUCUACCCGCAAGGUAGAGAUGCAUAACUCUUCCUAGAGAGGAUAGAGUUGGGGAGGCUCAAGGGUAGAUUAGGAGAAUCACUCUUGUAACUCUUUCAAAGGCUUGUUUAGUGAAGUUGUUUAAAAUUCCUCCGAGGGAGGUCGAGGUUUUUUUAAUCCCUUUGAGCCAAGGGAUUUUUCCUCGUUAAAUUCUUGUGCACUUUACUAUUUUGCAAUUCCCUUUAUCCCACACACCAGAACUCGGUGAAAAACUGCCACGGUUCCACACACACACAAUUCACCCCCCCCCCCCUCUUGUGUUGCUAACCGUUUUCUUCAGUUUCC